CUCGGCCAGCACAUCGGACCUUCUACUACCGGCGACAACACGGUGUCGACACACGACUUUGAACCCUCAUGUCUGAGGUGGAGGUGGUGUCUAGCUGCGACGGGUGAGCAAGGAUUGACGGAAUGUAGAAGGGUGUGACAGACACGCCCUGAAGUCACUCGGUCUCGGGACAAGCAAGAUUCAAACACCAAGGUGCGGAACUGUCUCACAGCUGCAGAAGGAACCGCCCCACCAACUUGUGAACAUGGAUAUAUAUCAACACACCUGGUCCCAGCUGGGACUGUGUAUCAUGCUACAACUUUUAUACCUAGAAAUAUCCACGGUGACGUGCUUUGCAUGGCAUAGUCCCAGCCAGACCCGUUCACAGACUGCCCCUGCCGAAAGCCAUCUUGUGUCACAAAGGUGGCAUCAGUCAGUCCCUAAAUGGUACCCUUACAAUAUUUGGAAGCGACGGAAGCGGAAGGAGGGAGAAGGACAUCACGUGACAAUGGAUAUUUCUAAUGUACUUGACAGAAGCAGGAAUUUGUUUAGCGGGAAAAGGAGUGCCUAUGUGUCUAAAUACCGCAAACUGCUGGAAAAGUAUAAUAAGAAAAAGCAGAUGAACACAAUAUUAAGCAACAGUAUUUGGAAACCUAACGUCCCGUCUGCAAUGUACGCUUCGUCGUCAGUGAAUGCCAUGGGCAACAGGCUGUUAUCCUCCGCUGAGACGUUCAGACAAGGAAAUACGUUACAGUCCCGGAAACACAAGUCUCAUUUCGGGAAUAUUGGUUCCGUACAAGAUUCGUUCGGAAUGGUUCACACACCAAAGAAACCAUCCACCUCUCAAAAGAAAAAGGUCGAGGAAUUAAAAUCCGGAUUCGACAACGUCGGAUUUGGAACGAUAACUCAGGAUGGAUUUGAUUUACAACCAGCGGAUGGAUUUUCAGAUGGUUUUUUACCCACGAGUCAUACGGGAUCCCAAACUCUUAAACACGAGGCUGACACAGCAGCCAAGACAUCGACUGGGUUUGGGACAGGCUCCUUCUCUUCUGACUCCGGAUCCUUGGCGGACACUGCCUGGUCUGACUCUGGGAGCUGGGGAGGUGAUGGGUUCGGCGCUGUUGUUGGGUCUUCGGCGGCCCAACCGUCAUCCGGGACUUGGGGAGAAGCAGCUGCUGGCACCGCCGGAUUCGGGACGAUAGGAGGUGGCUCAUUCUCAGACGAGACGAAAGACUGCGACACCAUUCUGACCAAGUCCUGCUCUGACAACAGCGAGUGCUCAUGUUAUGGCUUCUACACAUGCGCGGACCAGAGAUGUGUAGCUGCGCAGUCCACCUCAGGUUCGGCCGAUUCUGCAAUGGGUGGGAGCUGGCAGGAGACCCCGUUUGACUUCGGGGGCUUCUCGAAACGGAAGGACCCGACAAAGCUCAUCCAGGUCUUCAUGUUGCCGUGGCAGUCGAAAAAGUGAAUGUCGCCGAGAAGAAAUGCUGAGCUUCGAUUGGUCAAUAGAGACAUAUGACCCGUUCCCCAGACAUGGACCGUCUUUGAAAAUGAGAAAACCUUUGCGGCGUUGCUUACAACUGAACGGCUGAGUGUGUUAUCUGGGUAGCGAAUACUCCAACCAUAUUCCUGGAGGUGACAACAGGGCGCUGUUGUUCGCCUUCAGGAGCAUUUACAAUGUCUUAAAAAGCGUAUUAAAGUAAUGAUCACAAUCAGCUAAAACAGACUCCCUACAUCAUGAAGUUGUUCCUCGGGCAAGGGGUCAGCGUUUGAAUAUUUAUAUCUAUCUGUUCGUUUACACAAUGUGCAAGCUAGUGAGUGUCUUGUGUAAUCUUAUCUAUGUCUAGGGGUCACAGCAGGUAAACAUGAGACACUAUGAGCUGUUGUAGGUAACGUAUAGCACGUCAAAUGGAAGUGGGUGAACAUUUACAGUUCAUAUUUAUUUAUUUAUUUUUCAAUUCGUAGUUAUUUAUUUCUCAUCAUUGUAAUACUGGUAGUAAUAGCGAAAUCUUUACUGGUCAUUAAAAUAUAACUGUAAGCCCAAUAUCAAUAUUUGUCAGUGAUUGUCUUAGGAUUUGGAGUGGUGAUAUAGUUCAUGCUCUUUAAAAUCUUAUUGUAUUUGUGAAAUGUUUUGGGGGGGGUUAUAUUACGGAUAAUAGUCUUCUAUUUUCAGUAAAACCAGCAGUCACAGAUUUACGUAUCAUAAACAAUGAGGUCUAGUGGACCCAAAUACACAAAUGUGUUAUACUUUGGAGAAUUCGUCGAAAUUCAUCUUUGUCGGGUUAUGUAUGUUGUCGUCAGGGGAACCGUACCGGUUUCGGCUACAUCUAAAAGGGAACGUUCAAAUGUAGGAAAUCUGACACGGCAUGUAUAGGGAAUAUGUGUGGGCCCAUGUUAUAAAUACAUCUAUAUUUCUAAACACUUGCUUUCCAAUGUUAUGCAGCAGAAAUGUAAUAAAGGUCUAUUCUUAUUGCA